AUGUCGGAUAAGAACGAAGCCAAGAAGCCAAGAAAUGCGACUCAAGGCACAGUGGAAGCCCCAGCCAGCCCUGGGAGCCCUCCUCUGGCUGCCCAGGCCGUAUCAACUGAAGCGUCACACGGCUCGGGUAUUCUGCCCCCACAGCAUUGGCAGCAGGCGGCCAUAGUCAGUACAAAUCACCACUUAACUUUUGCUUCAUGGCUGAGUAACUUUAAUGGCACGACAAAUGCCGACUCUGCGCUCGAGGACAACAUUAGUUCGACGGCAUCCAUCGCGUCCAGCAUCCUGAAGUACCGCACUAUCCUUGGGCGGACAUUCCAUAGUGAACAAGGCGAUGCGCAUUACUGGGGUGCCAACGAUGAGCGGCAAAAUGAAGCUAUGGAUAUCAACCAUCACUGCCAGACUAUCCGUCUUGAUGGAAAGGUGUUCCUUGCUCCGUUGAGCAAUGACAUCAAGGCAAGUAUUCCCUUUGUUCUAGACAACUCAUCACAGUGCAGUGAUUUUGCCGAUCAGUUUCCCGGUUGUGAGGUGAUCGGAACCGAUAUAUCGCCUAUACAGCCAAGCUGGACCCCUCCAAAUCUUCAAUUCCAGAUCGACGACUGCACCAAGGAGUGGACCUUUCCUGAAGCUUCUCUCGACUAUGUCCAUGUCCGUUUCUUGACCGGAUGUAUUGCUGACUGGGAAGCUCUCAUAAAGGCGGCUUAUCGAUGCCUCAAGCCCGAUAGCUAUAUUCAAAGUAUGGAGCCGUCGGCCUACAUACAGAGCGACGACAACACUAUUGAACCAGAUAGUGCCAUGGGUCAAUGGGGCAAGAUCUUUGUCGAGGGUGGCAAUAAGAUGGGACGGCCCUUUACGGUGGUCGAGGAUGAACUCCAGAACAAGGCCCUGGAGAAGGCAGGCUUUGUUGAUAUCCAGGAGAAGAAGCACAAGUCUCCAAUAGGCAGUUGGCCCAAGGAUGAAAAGCUCAGAGAGAUUGGCCAGUAUGCUCAAUUAUCCAUGGAGCAAGACUUCGAGGGGCUCAUCCUAUUCAUGACAAACGUCCUUGGUGGCUGGAGCAGGGAGGACAUCCAGGUUUACACCACCCAUCUGCGUCGAGAGAUCCGCUCAGGAAAGAAGCAUGGCUGGUAUUGGCAGAAGGUUGUGUGGGCUCGAAAGCCGGUUUCGGCUUAA